AAACGAGCUGAUAGUGGAUUCUCCUGGUAUCUUGCAAGGGAAUCUUAUUAUUCGGCACAGACAUUAUUAGUACUUACAGAUUAGUGCCAUUGUUUCUCAAACUACACUAUAUUUAUUCUUGCCUUACAGGUUCUGUGAGAAUAUUUUAUUGCAGUUAUCAGCCGAUUUUAGUAUAUAAAUCUUUGUAUCUGCUUGAUUUGACUUGAAGAUAGGCAGUUGAUCCUUGGUGACAUCUGGCUCGUUAUCAGACAAUAGAAGUGACAUCGAGAAAGCCGGCGCCAUCGCAGCUUCCAGUUACACAUAGAACUCGCCGUCGCACCGUGACCCGCAUAGAAAUCAGAAGCUUCUGGUUCCUCCUCACAUCUGAUACAUCUCACCAUCUGGUCUCAGACCCCUGACACCGACAAAAAGCACUCUGACUCUACCAGACCGUGCCAAACACCAUCCGACAACCGCAGACAUUACCACUGGUCGGAUCCGUGUCGUCUUUUCACAUUUUGCGCCUGACGUUUCUUAUCAGCAGCUCAGACACUGUCCCUUGAUUGGAUACACAUCUACAACAGUGUUGAUACAUCCACUGCAUUAGCAUCGCUAUCUGUCACAUCCACCCAGUCGUCUAUCAUACUGACACACACCACUCCGUCUGUCAGAACUCAACCACGCUGCUCUCUGUCGCUACACCCAUCACCUCCCUCGCAUACACAGAGUAACAUGUUUUCUACAGAUUACUCCCACGGCCUCGACUUGACGUUUGACCUCUACCUGAUGCCACCGGCCUCGGCCGCCACGGCUCUGUCGACGAACAAUACAAACUCUGCCGCCAUCACCAACGCAUCUGCAGCUUCAAACGCAGGGGGCCUCACCUUGAACAACUUCCACUCGAUCUACUCCCAGGACACAAACGACUUCCUCUACCAAAGCGACAUUUCAAACGGCACAACUUUGAAUGGCAGCAACGACAACUUCAUGAGCAACAACUCCGCCAGCAUCACCAUGCCGGUGUCGUCGUCGACGUCGUUGUCGUCCUUUUCAACCACUUCAACUACACCCUCCGAGUCACGUGCAUCUAUCUCGUCAGCUGACUCGGUUUACUACAACACUUCCAAGAACCAGUCCAACUUGUCGAUGUUUGCUCAGCCAUACCCGUUCGGGAUGCUGACGGCUCCCGGCCCAAGUGUCGCUGCGGCUGCUGCCAUUGCUGCUGCUGCCGCUUCUGCAACCCAGCAGCCAAACGUCGCUACCAAUUACAACAAUCUUAUCUACACCAACGGUGUCACAGGCACGACUAACAAUCUCAAUGUGAACAGCAACAUCAACAGUAAUAACGGCACCAAUAGUAAUGGCACGUUAUCUACGCCUCCUACGUCGCCAGCACCGGUGCCCUCGUACAUGGCCGGAAUUGACACCUCUGCACUCGCCAAUACAUACCAGUUUGACUUUGACGAUGUGCCACAGGAUGCGCUUUUCAACACGGAUGCACUUUUCGACAACAACACCAACCACAACCACCACUACAACCUGAACGGAGCAUCAGUUCCGACCAACUACCAGUACAAGACGGUGCCGAACACGCCGAUUUCUGAAGGGGACUUGGAAGGUUCGCCAAUGAUCAUGAUGCCUUCGGGAGUGCUUGGUCUGGCUGCAAACAAGCUUGUUUUGGAAUCGCAGAAUUUUGCCGGUAAACGAAGAAGAAACACCGAGCCCAUGGCUACUGGUUUAGCCGCUUCCAGCUCGAGCUCGCAUAUGGGUGCAAAUUCUACUUCUCUCGAUGUCAAAACGGCUAUUGAAUUGGCCACAAGAGCUUUUUCCAAAUCGCUGACGACGUCUUUGCACCAUUCAGACGUUUCUCACCAUCACCACUUACCCUUAGAAUACAAGUACAACCAGCCGGUCAAGGAACAGCUUUUGCGUCGUUUUUCUGCAUCUACUAUCCGUGAGAUCAAAUUGACCGAACUGGACUUAUUCUGCAAGAACCACUGCAACUCGAAGUUUCCUAACUAUUUGGCAAUGAUUGACCACUUCGAUAAACACAGAUUGAAUUUGGUGGACUACAGGUCGUUUAAGUGCCCGGUAGCUGAAUGCCCCAUGCACAUCUUAGGCUACGAGAAGAAAGCCGACUUGAGACAUCAUGUUGUCAUUGAUCAUUUCAAGAAGGGUAAAGUAUUGGACCAGUUCGAGAUGUACAGUCUGCAAUUACAGGCAAUCAUCUACGUCUGCACUCAGGAUAACUGCGGAAAGGGAUUUUAUAGAAGAGACAGUUUGACGAGACACAUCAAGUUGGUGCACCAGAACCAGGCCAGUUUGUUCAACCAGAAGAGAAGGCAGAGCGAGGUGGGCACUAUCGACGAGGACGAGGAAGAUGCCCAGCUCAAAUCCAAGAAGAAGAAGAGAAGAAAGAAGAACUGA